ACUUUAAAUGUUGAACAUAUUCAAUAGAUCUAAUUAUUUAUUUAUUAAAGAAUGAAACAUUUUUACAGAUUUUAAAAAGUUAAAAUUUAUACAAAUUAUGUAUGGCAAUUUAUGGUGAUCCAGUAUUAGAAUAGACCAUUUAAACUGAACUUAAUAGUCAUUUAUUAUUGAAUAUAGAAUUUCAAAAAAAUGGUUGGAACAUCACAGAGCUCUGGUAAACCCGGUGAUUUAAUCUGUCUAUGUAUUGGUGGCCGAUUAUUUGUGACUAGGAGAGCGACACUUUAUCGAUUACCAGAUAGUCGACUUUAUUUAAUUGCUACACAAGGAUCAAGUAAUCAAGAAUCAAAUAGGAAUUAUACAAAUCAACUCAAUAUAGGCGAUGAUUUUGUUCAAUCAAACAGAAAUAACAAUUCUGAAAUGACUUCAAACUAUCUAUCACAAUCACAACCAUCUGGUAGAACAAUGGGAAAUGGACCAAAUGAUGGGGCUUUAAUUGGUGGGGCAUCAAUUCUGCCUGAUAAUAUUGCAUCAAUGGUUGCAGGAAAUAUGAAUUUACAAUCAGCUUCAUCAAUAUGUCGAAAUCGUGGCUCUGGUUUUACUACUCCAAUAGUAAAUCCAUCACCUGGUGUUGAUUUAUAUCAAUCAUCGUCGAAUAAACCUAUUUCAUAUUUAUCAUCCACAUCAACUAAUCAGUUUACUCAAUUAUCGAAUGCACCAAUAAUGACAACACCACCAAUUGUUUACUUUUAUGAUCGUGAUCCAGAAAUAUUUCGUUUUGUAUUAGAUUAUUAUAGAACUGGUGAAUUACAUUUACCAUCAAGUAUAUGUGGUCCAUUUGUACGUAAAGAAUUAAUAUUUUGGGGUAUUGAUGAAGCAUUAAUUGGUCCUUGUUGUAUGCCUGCUUAUAUGCGAUAUGAUGAAGAAAAACGAACAAAGAAUACAUUAUUUCGUGAUUGUUUUGAAGAUAUUGAUUCAAUGCAAAAUCUUGUGAAAUUUUCAAGAGGAUGGAAAAAAUGGCGAUAUAGAAUGUGGUUAUUUAUGGAUCACCCAUCUUCAUCUUUACCUGCUAAGAUUUGGGCUUCUGUUCUACUGGUGCUAAUGAUUGCAUCUGUAAUGUGUUAUUGUUUAUCAACACAUGAAGUAUUCCGAACAAAAUCCACCAUAAUGUCAUCAACAUCAUCAUCAUAUGAUAGUUUACAGUCAGUUAGCACAGUUGGAUCUAAUGCGAAUAAUAAUAACAAUAAUAAUCACAAAGAACAUGACCGUAUGAUUCAACAACUUCAUACAAACAGACAAUCAUCAUAUCAAACUUUUCUAACUACUACACCUGGUACAUUGAAUACAAUAACAACGAUAAAUACAAAAUCCAAUAAAACAUUUGAUCAUCCAAUAUCGAUUUGUUAUGAUUCAUUAUGGCAUCCAAAUCCUAAAAUACAAAAAGAUUGUUCCACUGAACCAUCGGAAGGAUUAGUUACAUUCGAUAUUUCAUUGAAUUGUUUAUUUACUACUGAAUUUCUGCUCAAAGUACUACUUGCUCCAGAUAAACCAAAAUUUCUUUCAUCUAUUGUAUCAGUAUUUGAUAUGGUGAUAUUAAGUAGUUAUUGGGUAUAUAUGUCAUUAUUUUAUUAUUAUUACUAUUAUCCUAAAACAACAAUGACAAAUAAUGUAGAAUUGAAAAUUGAAUUGAGUGGAUAUUUAUGGUUGUUGAAUAUUUUAUCAAUGACACAAGCAUUACGUAUACUACGUAUUUUUAAAAUAUCAAAAAUAUCCCGUGGAUUAAGAGUACUUAUAUUGACAGUGAAAAAAAGUAUACCAGAAUUAGUUCUGUUAGGUUUUCUAUUAAUGAAUGGUAUGUUUUUAUUUUCAUCUAUGAUGUAUAUAGCUGAAUAUCGUGUAAAUGAUACAUUUCCUGACAUACCUCAAUCAUUUUGGUGGUCAAUUAUCACAUUGACAGCUGUUGGUUAUGGAGAUAUGCAUCCAAAAGGUGGAGCUGGCUACUUUGUUGGUUCACUAACAGCUAUUUCUGGUUGUAUUGUAACUGGAUUAGCAAUACCAAUAGUUGGGAAUAAUUUUAAUACAUAUUAUAAAUAUAUGAAGAAUCAAUUGAUGGAAGAUAAAUACUUGAAAACAUUACGAAAAGAUAUGGAAGCUACAGGUGGUAUCAGCGGAACUAAAUCAGGCUUAGGUGUAGCUGCCGAUAAAGGUGGUCUACCACUUCCAGGUAGAAAACCACGUAACAUCAAUCGACGAAUAAUACGUGGAAGUAAAAUUACUAAAAAUGAUAGUAUGAAAAAUAGUUUAGCGAAUAUGAUGGAAAUUUGUACACGAUCUAUAAAACGUUUAUUACCAACAACUUUAAUCAAUAAAAAAAGUUGUAAACCGAUUGGUGUACCUAAAACUCAAACAACUGAUUCAAUGCAAUUGUUAACAGAAAAUCAAAAACUUCCUAAUGUAUUCACUCGUCAAACAAUUGUACAUGAACUUAAUGAAAGAAAGAAUAGCUAUAAAAAUCUAAAUAACAUAUCCAAUAAUAAUUCAAUGUCGUGUAAAAAGAAAUUGAGCAGUGAUAAAUUGGAUAUUGAACAUCGACCAAGUUUGAUGUAUCCAUUAGCAACGGAUCAGUUUCUCAAUUCUCUUUUGCCUUCUCAAUUGUCACUGAUUCCAACGCCUCAAAUAUGGGUAGAUGGAGAAGAGUUUGAUGAUCAAUUAUCAUCUGCAAGUCAUGCACUUGAUAAUAAUGACAAUAAUAAUGAUAAUGAUCAUACAAAUUCUUCACAUCCAAGUCGUUGUUCCCCAGUUAUAGAAUCUAUGGAAAUAAAUCAAAAUCAUUCUGAACAAAAUUAUAUUUACUCUCGUAUGUCUAUAGUUUCUGAAGAAAUAUUGCCUAAUUCUAUACAAGUUUCAACAGAUAUACCAUGUUGUACAGUGUUGAAUAGUUCUGAUGUAAUACAAAAUGACAACAAUGAAAACGAUGAUGACCUGAUGUCCAGUGCUGAUGAUGGAGAUGAUGAACUGGAAGAUUCUAAUUGGGAAGUUAAGACAAUGAAAUCAAAAAAGAAAAUUCAUAUGAAUUGUGAAAUUAAUACUGUACGACGUAAAUCUACAUCACUGACAUUGUCAAUACAACAAAAUGAUAAAGACACCACCAACAACAACAACAACAGCAACAGUAGUCAUAAUAAAGACAAUAAUAGAAAUAAUAAAACUAAUAAAACCAAUAAUAAUAAACUUAAAAAACCAAUUGCUAAAAGAAUGAAUUAUGUAUGAGUAUAUGAUUCAAUGUAAUCUAUUCAUUAAGUUUAACUAAAUCAAUCCAUCCAUCAAUCAAUCAAUCAAUCAAUGGCCGGGAAAGAAAACAAUGAAUUUUCAUCAAUUCAGAACUCUUAGAACAAACUUCAUCAUGAUAAAACCACACACACACACACACACGCACACAGACUAAUACAACUUAUGUUUAGCUACCAGUUUUGAAUGAAUAUAAAUAUUCGCCUAACGAAUUUCCCAAUUAUUCAUUAGAAGUUGAACAAAGAAAACAUAAUUUGCUAGUCAUAAUAACAAUUUGUAAAUUUUGCCUAAAUAAUUAUCAUAACUGUUAUAAGAUUUAUGAUUAUUUGGAAUGUAGAUAGAUACCUAUUGCAACAAGUGACAUUUUAUCUUGUGACAAAUAAUAAAUACUCUUCACAAUAAUUGUUUUUAUUCUAUAUUCAGAUUUUUCCUUAGC